CUGACCUGCGGAGGUAUGCAGCCUGUAUGUAUAGAGCAGUUCGACCUGCCGGGCGGUGGGAUCGGGUGGUUUUAUCGUCGACUUCCUCGCUUCCUGCAGGCGUUACGGCUUUCAGCAAGGGGGAAGUGUUGCAGGAGUUGGAAACAGAGAAUGACCACAUCAGGUUAAACUAAUGAAGGCUGAGGAACUGAUGUUUGGAUCAUCAACAUGGGAUGUUGCCUGAACAGCCUGCCACUCACCAUGUUGCCAUAGCAACCUGACACAACAAGGAUAUUGCCAUGGUAACUGUGUCCAUCCCAGUGUUGUGACUCGGACGAGAGUUCCCUCCGUGUGUGGACCGUCCCAAACUCACGCCUAGCUUUCAAGGCUGGACUUUCAGUGUGCCUGUACAUGCAUCAGUGGCGAUUUCUGUUUACUAUCCAAUCUCUUUUGGUGCAGAUCAUCAACAUGGGCGCCAACAGUGUUGGUGCAGACUGUUGUGACUGAGACGAGAGUACCCACCGUGUGAAGACCGCCCCCAACUCGCGCCUAGCGGCCGUCAUGAAUGUUCUGUACGUGGUGGACGUGUCGGAAAGCUACGUCUCCAUGUUGUCUCUCGUUCUGUUCAUCGGUGCCUUCACUGUCAUGAUGGUCCUCUUCCACCACUACAAGCCCAAGACAGAGAAGGAGGUGGAGGAGGAGAAGAGGAGGGCCAAAGGUCACCGGGACAGCCUGUGCGCCGCGUUUGAGCUCCUGCGGGCAGACAUGUCCCACUUCGAGGCCAUCGAGGAUAAGUUCAGCAACUACGAGCAGGUCACCAAGGCCAUGAAGGCCGCGGGCCUCGUGAGUUGUAACCUGAUCAUCGGUGUUGAUUUCACCGCGAGUAACGAGUGGCAGGGUCGCAGGACGUUCGGCGGAAAGUGCUUGCACGCGCUUUCCGGGAAGAAGAUCUACAACCCGUACCAGAAAGUCAUCUCGACCAUCGGGCAGACCCUGCAGCCGUUGGACGAGGACAACCUGAUUCCGGUUUUCGGGUUCGGAGAUUCCCUCACCAGGGACAAGGACGUGUUUCCCUUCCGGCCUGAUGGGUCGGCCUGCCAAGGGCACGAGCAGGUUCUGAUUCACUACAGCGCCAUUGUGCAGGCGAUAACUCUCAGCGGGCCGACAAGCUUUGCUCCGCUGAUCUACAAGGCCAUUGACAUCGUCAAGCAGCAGAAGGGAUACCACAUCCUCUUGAUCAUCGCCGACGGGCAGGUCAAAGACGAGGGCCCGACGAGAGACGCGAUCGUCGAGGCGUCGAACUUUGCCCUCAGCAUCAUCAUGGUGGGGGUCGGGGACGGCCCCUGGGGGGUCAUGAAGGAAUUCGACGACCGGCUGCCGGAGAGGAAGUUCGACAACUUCCAGUUCGUGGACUACCACACAGCGGUGAAGCGGACACGGUACCCAAGCGCAGCCUUCGCGCUGCACUGUCUGAUGGAGGUACCGGAUCAGUACAAGGCCAUCUCCAGGCUUGGCUACCUGGACUGCAAACAAGUGGAGGCCGGAUGACUUCUACAUGUCACAGCGUCACCCGAGGCCAACUCAUUUUCUAGACUCCAAAUGAAACUUCUUUUACCCGAAGAUUUUGUACAUUGUUCUGUCAACAAAGUAAAGCUUGUCGAGUAAAAAAUACAGAAAGCUGUAUUUGGA